UCUGAAAUUUCUGAAAUGUUGUAUUGUGCCACCCGCGAGAAGCUGGAUCCAGAGUUUGUGAGAUCAGAAGUGGCUCGUGGGAGGGCAAUUAUCCCUUCCAAUAAGAAGCACUUGGAGCUGGAGCCAAUGAUCGUUGGGAGAAAGUUUCUGGUCAAAGUUAAUGCAAACAUAGGAAACUCUGCUGUUGCCAGCUCUAUUGAAGAGGAAGUUUAUAAGGUCCAGUGGGCAGCUAUGUGGGGUGCUGACACUGUUAUGGACCUCUCUACAGGUCGCCAUAUCCAUGAGACCCGUGAGUGGAUCCUACGUAACUCUGCUGUACCAGUAGGGACUGUACCCAUCUAUCAAGCACUUGAAAAGGUGGAUGGAAUUGCAGAAAAUCUUAACUGGGAAGUGUUCAGACAAACUCUGAUUGAACAAGCUAAGCAGGGUGUAGAUUACUUCACCAUCCAUGCUGGGGUUCUACUACGGUACAUCCCACUAACAGCAAAGCGUAUGACAGGAAUUGUCUCUCGAGGAGGAUCCAUUCAUGCAAAGUGGUGCUUAGCUAAUCAUAAAGAGAAUUUUGCUUAUGAGCACUGGGAUGACAUACUUGACAUCUGUAAUCAAUAUGAUGUUGCCCUGUCAAUAGCUGAUGGCUUGAGACCGGGUUCGAUUUAUGAUGCCAAUGAUACUGCACAGUUUGCCGAGCUAUUAACUCAGGGAGAACUGACCCGCAGGGCAUGGGAAAAGGAUGUACAGGUAAUGAAUGAAGGACCUGGACAUGUUCCAAUGCACAAGAUUCCUGAGAACAGGGCAAAACAGCUGGACUGGUGUAAUCAUGAAGCGUCUUUCUACACUCUCGGUCCUUUGACAACUGAUGUUGCUCCUGGAUAUCUAGAUCAUAUGACUGCCAUGUCCUUCCAUGAUGAAACCUUGGCAGAAGGUGCCAAGGUGGCCCAUUUUUGCUCAAUGUGUGGGCCAAAGUUCUGUUCUAUGAAGAUAACAGAGGAUGUCAGGAAGUAUGCUGAGGAGCACGGUUAUGGAACUGCCGAGGAAGCUGUGAAGCGUGGUAUGGAUGCCAUGAGUGCUGAGUUUCUUGCUGCCAAGAAAACUGUCAGUGGAGAACAACAUGGUGAAAUUGGUGGAGAAAUUUACUUGCCAGAAAGUUAUGUAAAAUCCUCUGAGAGGUGAAGGAUCAAGUGAAUAACCAGAACCAGUUUGACAACCCUGGAGGCUUU